AUGCGAACUGGCUACUCCGAUUAUAUCCCGCUAUCCCAGCUCCCUGCAGGCCCGUCAAAGCCCGUGGAGACUGCCCACUCGUACCUCUUUCCUCGCCGUCGCAUCGCUAUCUUCGCUCUCUUCACUACUUCUCUCCUUGCUCUCUUUGCAUUCCUCAGGAAUACCCUCACGGAUCUAGAUGACGACCUCACGGACCUGGAUCUUGAGCUGCUACCCUCGGACGGCAGUCAGUCGUCCCACACCUCAUACCUCCCUUUCCAACCCUCCCCCCGACCUACAGAUCUCAUACGUCCGUCGCUGAAGCCUGUGAUCGACCUACCGACGGCUUGUCUCGACCCGUACUUUGCGAGGGGAGAGCUGUGCUAUGUUACGAGCGUACCAAAGCUCGAUUUCCUGUGGACUUGGGUGAACGGGUCCGACCCCCUCGAAGAGCAAGCCAAGCAGCAAGCCGUCGAUCUGUACGAGCCGGAUGACCCAUGGCGGCCAUCGGCGUCCGUGAUGGAGGCUCGGCUGUACCGAGACCACGAUGAACUGCGCCAUUCGAUGCGUUCGGUCCUUCUCAACUUCCGCAAAUAUGCAGGGCGAUUCUUCCUGCUCACCUCUGACUUUUCUAUCCCCGUGACCACCCCAAACCUCACUUUAUCCUCCUCUUGGCGGCUUGGCCAGACGCCACAGUGGCUCGACCUUGGCAAGCGGAAACGUUCCGGCUGGCUGGACGGCAGCGUGAACUUGGAUUUGUUGCAUCAUGCGAACAUCUUCCGAGACUAUGACGGGACAGUAUUCAACAGCUUAGCCAUCGAGUCGCAGCUCGGCCACGUAGACGGCAUCGCGGAUUAUUUUGUCUACAUGAAUGAUGACCUCUAUUUCGCAAAGCCGAUCAUGCCAGCGACAUUCUACACCUCAGUGUUUGGCAUCGUGCUGCACAUGGAGCCAUGGCUCACGAUCCCGCCAUCGAGGCCAACGUCGGAAACACCAGGGGAAUGGCGUGGCAUGGGCGAGUCCAACUACAUACUCAGCGUUCGGUUCGGCGCGCGACAUCGUCCAUACGUCAUGCACCAAGCCAAGGUCGUCUCCUCCGCAAUGCUCGCGGAGCUUGAGACGAUCUGGCCCGACACGUUUGCGCGCAGCGCGUCGCACCGCUUCCGCGAGACUGCGGGCCCGGGGGCACCGUCAGACAUCAACACGCUUUUCCUGCAUGGGCACUUCAUCGUCGAGCGAGCGCGUGAAGCAAUGUUGUGGAGCUGGACUGUCGCGCGUAUUGGCGGCGUGGACGACGCGUGGGGGGAGGAGGAAGCGCGCCGCGCAUGGGAGGAACUCGGCGGCACGUGGGGUGAGGAGACGCUCGAGGUGCGCGCGGCGUGGCGCUCGACGCUGCGAAAGCAGCGGGUCGAGACGGCGCUGACGAGGAGCGGGUCGAAGGGCGGGCUGGGUCGGACGGAGUAUGUGUUUUCCUCGCAGGACGGGUACGCGUACGGCUCGCUAGGGUACGGCCAGGACAACUUCCCGUCGUCGACACCGGACGUACCCGAGGAAUCUCUACCGACAUGUGAGAUCCGUUUCAGCCACUGCUUUGCGGGGUACACGCGCGCGAGCGACGUGUUCAGGCGCAUCGCAUUUGAGGCACAUGAGUGCGGUGACUGCGUGAUGUCGGCGCUCGUGCGCGCGAGCGGGACACUUGGCAUGUCGGCGUUUCUUCCAUCAGAGGACCGUGAGCUGCGUUCAGCGGAGUUCGAGGAUCCCCCAGUGGAACGUAGUACAAGCGAGAUCCCGCAUCUUCCACUAGUACAGACAUGGGAGGAGGGCGAUUUCUCAUUACAGGGUGUAAUGGGUGCGGCGCACGAGCAGAAUGUGCGCAUGUGGACGUUACAGCUGAUACAGCGGUAUCGCUAUGUCAUUGGCAAAACCGCAUCUUCAUUCGAGCGUUUAGAAAACCCGGAUCAGACGCGCGACACCGUGAGCCGCCUCAGCUCGAACCACGAUGUCGUGCUGCUGUGCGUUAACGAUGACGUGACGGAGGGCGACGACGAGGUCGCAGACAUGUUCCGCGCGUUCCAGGACAAGCAGUGGGGGCGCGCCGCCGCGUGGGAGAAGGAUUAGCCUGAGUCCUGCUGUGCCGGGACGCCGCCUACAGUCUUGGCUACACACGCCAGCCGACCGGUACCGUCUUGUGUCCGCAUCGCGGUAGUGCGUGCUCGCGCAUUUGUAUGCGGAGAUGCGAACGACGAGCUUGGCGCCAUGCCACAGCCGGACGCUCCUUCUGUACUACUGUAGUGUUAUAUAAUACGCGUCAAGUGUACGUGUCGAGCC